UCUUAAAAAUAGCAGUACACCCAAAACUUCUCUGAUAUGGCACUCCUUCCCUUUCGGUUUUGAGAGGUAUUAGAGAGAUUUUAAAGAGACAGGGAAGGCGAAAAAUUUCUGAAAUUUUAUGAAUAUUCUCUGAGGUGUUUCUUACCUCACACACUCAUUUUAAUAUAAUUUUUCGAAAUAAGGAAUGAUAAUAUCCUUCAUCUCCUAAUAAACAGGCACAUUUUACUUCUCUUUAAACUUCAUAAAGUAAUUUAAUUAGUACAAUCUUUUCCUCAUUCCAAAAUAUAAAAAUUCUAAAGCCUAUUUUUUAAAUAAAUUUCUUAUGAUUACUCCCAACUCUUUUUUUAUAUUUUUUAAAACUCCCUCAAAUUUUCAGAGAAUUAACGAAAAAAAUUAUUUUUUAAAUUAUUCAAUGGGUCCAAAAAUGGCAGAUGAAGAAAUAUUAAAAUUUCAAUUAGACAAAAAUGAGAGGAAUAUUGAAGAGGAGGAGGAAGGCAGACCUAUUAUAGUUAAUUUUGAAGGGGGAGGAUGUGAAGAAGGAGGGAGUGAUGAGGAUGAAGAAGAUGAGGAAAUUAACAGAGAUUAUAAAAAUAUAAGUAGUAAUAGCAGCAUUGAAGCUCCUUCUACUAAUGUAGAAGAUUGUUAUACUUCAGCUUUAAAUAAUUUAGUGGGGGAUAAUGAAGAGGAUAAUGAAGGGAAUAAUAGUAGACAUUAUUUUGGGAAUUAUACUCGUUAUUUGGUAAUGUUUAUCACAACAAUGUGUUUAUCAAUGUCAAUGGCCAAUUCUUUGGCUUUAAACUUUACAGUAAUAUGCAUGCACAAAGACAGUAUAGUAAACAGUAAUCUAACUACAGGCGAAGAUUCAACACAAAAAGGUAAAAAUUCAUUCCCCAUAAUGACAAUUUGUCCAAUUUUGCCUUAA